GCUGCAGUUAAAUUAGAGAAUUCUCAGAAAUAUUGUCCCGCCUGUGACGAAGCAGCGGCUGUAAAGACACAAAGAAGAAGUUCCACAGCAACCAAACAGAACGAGAUCAGCGAUGCUUUGGCCCGUAUUAUUCACCCUGCAAGCUGUGUGCACCAGCGUGUCACAUGCCAUGCAACAUUACCCGGCGGCCUGGGGACACUAUGACGUGUGCAAGUCCCAGAUCUAUACAGAGGAGGGCCUGGCGUGGGACUACAUGGCUUGUCAGCCAGAAGCCACCGACAUGACAAAGUACCUGCGAGUGGCCCUCGACCCCCCAAAUAUCACGUGUGGAGAUCCGCCCGAAACGUACUGCGCUUUGGAGAAUCCUUAUAUGUGCAACAAUGAAUGUGACGCCACCACCGAGGAGCUGGCUCAUCCUCCAGAGCUGAUGUUUGACUUUGAGGGUCGCAACCCCACAACGUUUUGGCAGUCCAGCUCAUGGAAGAAAUACCCAAAGCCCCUCCAGGUUAACAUCACGCUGUCGUGGAACAAAACCAUCGAGCUGACUGAUGACAUCGUACUGACCUUUGAGUCAGGCCGACCGGAGCAGAUGGUCCUGGAAAAGUCCCUCGACUACGGCAGGACCUGGAUCCCGUACCAGUUCUAUGCCACCGACUGCCUGGACGCAUUCACCAUGGAACCCAAGACGGCCAACGACCUCACCCAGCGAACCCUGCUGGAUAUCAUCUGCACUGAGGACUACUCCCGGGGCUAUGUGUGGAAGAACGACAAGACAGUACGUUUUGAGAUAAAGGACCGCUUUGCCCUCUUUGCCGGGCCUCGGCUACACAACAUGGCAUCGCUGUACGGCCAGCUGGAUACCACCAAGAACCUGAGGGACUUCUUCACCAUCACUGAUCUGAGGAUUAAGCUGCUGAAGCCAGCCACUGGAGCCACCAUGGUGGAUGAGAAUAACCUCUCCAGAUACUUCUAUGCCAUAUCUGACAUCAAAGUGCAGGGCAGGUGCAAGUGUAACCUGCAUGCCAACAGCUGUGUGUUUGACAAGGGGAAGCUGGGCUGUGAGUGUGAACACAACACCACAGGGCCAGACUGCAGCCGCUGUAAGAGGCACUACCACGGAAGAGCCUGGAGUGUGGGCUCCUACCUCCCUAUACCCAAAGGAACGGCAAAUAUAUGUAUCCCCAGCAAUCAUGGACCAGUGCAUCGAGCAAAUGCUUCAUCUCUUGGUGUUGCAAAUCGUAACCAAGCUCGUGUGUGUGACAACGCGAUGCUGCGCUGUCAGAACGGUGGCUCUUGCCACCACCAUCAGCGUUGCCAUUGUUCCCCCGGCUUCACGGGCGUCCUGUGCGAGAGGGCUCGCUGCCAGGGCCCCGGGGAGUGUGAUGACCAAUUGUCUGGACGGGCCUCCUUCCAUCGUCCCCCCAUCAGCCGCCAGCUCGCUCUUACCCUUGUUGUGCUCCCACUACUGAUUGUUUCCCUUUGCUGA